GUGACCCUCAGCAGUGGUAGGUAGGUAGAAUCUCACGAGUGUCAUUCCCCCGUUAGGUACCACAAGCGACCUUCCAUUGCUGCCUGUGAUGUAUCAUAAUUUCUACCCUGACUACAACACUGUACAAUGUUGUAGGGUGCAACGACAGGUGCAACCAACCAUAUCUCUGUCUGGCGUACAACUAGUGGCGGGCGGUUCUAGGCUGCCACCGCCGCCACAGCCUUGUGUCCCUACUGCUAGUCCUCUCUAUCCACCGGCCGAACCCUCAAAGCUGCCCGCCUUCCCCCACACUGCGGUACUAGUACUACGAGUAGGAUCUUCCAACUUCUUCAGCCUCGUCUCGUCCGCCUUCAGGCUACGAAUGCGAAUCCGAAUGCGAACACGAGAAAGAGGAGUCGAUGCUGACUUCGGCCGCCUUUCCUAAAGGUUUCAACCGAGCUGCUAUCUCCCCUGAAAAUACAACACAAAAGCGCUCGGCACGGACGACUAGGAAACAACCGAACAGACCUGACGUCGCAGGCCUACGGCACCGUCUUCCUAUAGUCUCAUGGAGGCCGCACCACUGACGCUGGCACAUGCUCAUGCGCGUAAUGCUGCCCUCGAGACCCGACGGUCCAACCCAGUCGCCGCGAGUGAGGAACAUGAUCUGGCAGCGGCGGAAUUCGCAAGCGCCGCGCAAGGGACGUCCGAUUUGGAGGCCUUACGGAUUCUGAACCUGUUAGAACAGCAUCACAAGCAACUUGGACAAAUAUUGAGAUCAAGCCAUGAGAGACCAGCCGCUAGUGGAGAUGCGCCUCAGGCCUCACCGGCAGCAACUGCCAGUCCUUCCCCUUCGCCUGCGCCUCUGAGAGAGCCGUCGCCGCCGAAGCCCGCGCCAGAGGGGCUGCCAUCACCAGAGAGGACAGUCCAUCCCCCGAGGCUACCGCGAGGCCUCAGGCCAAAUGCCCGCGAGCUCUCAUCUUCCAUCGUCAGCAAUCUUGCGUCUGCCCGAGGGAUCCCGAGCGGUCGUCAGAAAAGGCCAACCCCGAUCUCUCCUUUGGUGUCUAACCAGCACGCAGACGGACACAAUGCUGAAGACGAAGCCCGGGCCAAAUCGCUAUCUAGAAAGAGCACAGGCACGACCGAUGCUCUCCUUUCAAUGUCCAAGCAAUCGCAAUCACAUUCCCAGCCAUCCUGGGCUCCACCGACCGAGCAAGAGACGGCGCAACCCAAUACUGCUGAGCAAACCGACGAGGAAUCCUCGGAUGCUCCCUUUCAACAAUUCUACGCGACCUUUGAAAACCUGAUCUCGAAACUCAGUGCACCUCUGGCAUUUGCAGGACUUCCAUUGGCCACCAAUGCCACCACGGCCACUCCAGCAUCGCCGGCCAAGUCGCCCGUACAGGCAUCACCCAAACCUCCAAAGACACCUGCUCGUGCAACCCCCGCCGCUCCUUCGAUCGACUACUCGCAACUGAUCUCUCGUGCCGCACUCCGGGCAGUUUCAGGGCCGGGCGCACAGUCGCAUAAUCCCGCGGAAUCGUUCUACGUCGUCCCCACGACUGGGGGCACCAUAUCCUACGCGGAAAUCAUGAACAGGGUAGACCGUGAAGAGGCGCGCGGGGGCUUACGACAUCACCGGCAGCCGUCGAAUUUGUCCAAUAUCUCAGAAGACAAUUUCGUCGACGCCGAGAGCAUGAUUCUUCCGCACCGUUCCCAUGAGAGUAUUGGGGGCCCGCAACAAGGACCUGGCCGCUUCAAUCGUCGUGGCGGCGGCGGCGGUGCGGACGAGGCCAAGGUCGAUGGGAAGACCAUGGAGGAGAUCGCACUGGCAAACCAUGCCCUAAGACAACUGGUUGACACCCUGUCCCGCCGACUGCACGUGUUUGAAAUGUCGGCGCAGACAUCCUCGGCGGCACUCGCGCAAAGCAUUCGCUCGCUACAACGGUCACCUUUCACUACACCAACAGUUCUCUCUCCGGAGAAUUCGCGCGGGAAGUCGACUAGUAAAGGAGGUGGUCUAGGCAUGGGCCUAGAUCUUGGACUAGGUAUGGGAGUUGGAAUGCACAGUGGAGGAGGAGGAGGCGGGGCCACAGCUGGACCCGUGCCAGGUUCGGACGAGGCCAUGGCCAAGAGAAUCGCCGAGCUCGAAGAGAUCCUGCGCAAGAGUGACGCGCGCCUACGCAAGAAAGAUGACGAAAACGCCAAACUGAGGGAGAAUUUGUCCAGAUACAAGGAAAAAUGGGAGAACUUGAAGGCAGGGGCCAAGGCGAGACGGGAGCGGGAAAGAGAGGUCAAACCUGGCACCACCGCCGCAAAGGCUGCAGCAGAGAAGCCGUCUGAAGACAACAGGACCAAGGCUGUAAUGGGCAAGCCUGGCCCAUCAGGUGCUUGAUGUUGACAGAGAGAUGAGAGAUGUGACUCGCAAACAAAUGCUUUCUACUGUGGCGUGGCUGGGCUGCCAGAGCAGGCCCUUAAUGCCUUGUUUGGGCCUUCACCAACAACAAAGGUCCCUCUCAGCACAGUCAUUGAUAUGAUAUCCCAGAUACACGUGGAUGUCUUGCAUGCAUUAUACUACGUAUAUUCUUGCAUGUAAAUGGAACAAGUGACUGAAUCUAAAGAGAAUUACAUAUUAAUUGACACCGCUUUUCAUCGCGA